GUCGCUGCCGAUUGAGGUCGACCAGCUUUCGACAAGUCGUCUGGUGCACUGCAGGCAUUGAGAACUUAGCCUACAGUGACGACAACCUUAAGCUCCCCACCACUAACCAUCUCUCGUCCUAAGUCUUGACUCUCUGCUACCCGCAUGCAUCUGCGAGCGACCUGCAGGCGACAUUCUCUUUACGACGUCGAAACGACAUACCUAAACUGCACGGGCUUUACCUUAUCCUGACGAUACCUUUUACCUGUUUUACCAAUUCACCCGAUUGUGCACAAUUUAUUCUGCAGCGCCAUGGAAACGUCGUCCCCGCUGGCUGCCAUGCGGCCAGCUCCCACGGCCUUUGGCCGGGAAUUCGGGUCGCGCCUUGGGCCCAGUCCCCUUCGGGGCAGCAAACCCGGGUUCCAGCGACCAUCUUCGGAGUACUUCAACAUUAAGAAUGUUCAUGGGUCAUCUCCAUCGGCGUCGUUAGCGGCGGACCUGUCACAGAACUUCAAGCUUAAUGAGACGAGUAGUCCCAGGUUCCCGACGCCACGUCGCGCCCUUUUCACAACGGCCGCUAUGAUUGAUGCAUUCAACAAUCACUAUGUGACCACGCCCCCUCUGCCCUCAUCGUCGCCUGGCCAUGUCGACAUGAUGGACGUGUCGCCUCUGCCUCACAAGGGAGCCUUUGUCACUCAGAUCGAAAUCGAAUCGCCGACCAAGGGCAUGGACAUGACCGACGACGUGAUGAUGGAAUCUCCCAUUCCACGCUCAGUUUCUGUCGACCCAUCAAAGGCCAUUGCAACUGACCUUGCUGUCGGCCGUAGAAAGAUGGGCAUGAGGCGCCCAUCUCUCACGCGUGCCAAGGGUUACACACAUUCGGGGAGCAUGGCUACCCGUUCGUCUGGCAGUGGAGAUGACUCCCAGCUGGGAUCGUCCCCGUCUUCGUCCAUGUCGUUGAGCGAGUGCUUCGAGGACUCACCCCCGAAGGAACGCCGACCGCUGAGCGCCAACAGCCCCUGCUCGGCCAUGGUUGCUCCUCGGCACAAGGUACACUUUAACAGCAUCAAUGGCGUAGGUGGUGUACGCAACGGGUCGCCCAUUGUGAGCCAUACCCGACGGACUUCGAACUCGAACCCAUUCAUGCGACCGAAAAAACAGUACCGCCGGUCCUUGAGCAUGUUUGACCACUCGGGCGACAUGGCCAAGCCAAAGAAGGAGGAGGUGUCUUCUUACUCGACAGCCUUGCAAUCCGUGAUGGACAUCGAAGAACCCCAUGAACCUAUCCUGCCGCACUUCUUUCCCGAAGACCAAAAUGACAGCAUUCCGCGCAUCACGCGCAGCACAAUGCUUGAGGUGCUGGAUGGGAAAUACAGCGACCAUUACGCUCACAAGAUGAUCAUUGACUGCCGCUUUGAGUACGAGUACGAAGGAGGACAUAUUGACGGUGCAAUCAACUACAACGACAAGGAGUUGCUGGCGUCGCACCUGUUCGAUACCCCAAUCGAGGGCCGCACUCUCCUGAUUUUCCACUGCGAGUACUCGGCUCACCGCGCCCCCAUCAUGGCUCGUUACAUUCGCGCCGAAGACCGGAAUCUGAAUGCUGAGUUCUACCCACGGCUCACAUACCCAGAAAUCUACAUUCUGGAUGGUGGAUAUAGUUCGUUCUUUAACGAGCACCGAGAACGCUGCUACCCGCAGGCCUACGUCGAAAUGAACGAUGCUGAGCAUGUCAACACUUGCGAGCGGGAAAUGGGCCGCCUGCGCAACAACCGCAGAGGCCUGGGCCGUGCGCAAACCUUCGCCUUUGGUGACCACGGUUUGGCCAUGCAAGAUUCGCCAACAGCGGCUGGUCGAGCCAAUUCCCGCCUUUGCGACCACGAUGUCCUUGGAGCAUCACCUCUCCUCGGUACCGACCGAGCCCAUGCUAGACGCAUGGUGUCGUUCUGAUACCCAAAUCCCGCUCUACAAGCAUCCCGUGUACGACUACGAAAAGGCGUCGAGCGGGUUUGGUCCUCAUGACGGAACUCAACCCACAGAUUCGGCUCUGGGGUUGGUCUCCCUAGCUGUGAAACCAUGUAUACUCACCAACGGCGGUA